AUGAUUCGUAAUAUUUUGCUCCUGUCAGUGGCUCUUGUUGCAGUCAGCGCAAUGUUCAGACCAGUGCAAAACUGUAAUAACGAGCAGUGCCCACCGGGAUACCAUAAAUUCACCUCAAGAAGUAAUGGUCCAUGGUGUGUAAAGGUCUUCACUGGAAACAUGACCUGGUGGGAGGCUGAGCGUGAGUGUCGUUGUACUACCAAGGGAGCACAUUUGUCUGGAAUUGAGAAUAUGGAGGAAUUAAGAUGGCUCGAGCAAGAAGCUCAAUCUAAAUUGGAGGAUACUGUGAAGAACGGAGCUAUUUGGAUCGGUGCCUACAGACGCAAAGAGUGUCCAUCUGGACAAGAGUCAACAAAUUCUCUGUGCCAAGAAGAGAAGCUCUUCCAAUUCACUGACCAAAACACAUGCAAAACUACCAUUUUCCAAAACUGGGAAACCAAUCAACCAACCAACAAGGAUGGUGAUGACUGUGGUGUCAUUCUCAUCUCUACAGAGGAGUCAGGAGCCAAUUCAGAUGUUUCUGGAAAGACUGCCGCUAAGUACUGCUUGGAAACAAUCGGAUCUUCUCCAAUUAUGUCUGCUGCUGGAUUCAUUUGUGGUGUGAAACCGACUCCAGGUGGCAACAAUUAUGGAGGAGGCAACAGUGGAUACGGAGGAGGCAACGGUGGAUAUGGUGGUGGAAAUGAUAUGAUCAUGAUUGGAGCUGCAAGACCACAAUAA